GUUGUUGUUGUUGGUGUUAACUUGAUGAUACUGAUACUAUAAAUAUAGUAUUGAUAGUCGAUAGUCUUGCUUAUAUGAUUCAUACAAAAUUGUUGGGAUAGUCCUAGGCCCUAAUCAAUUUUAAGACUGACUAACUCUUGAACUUUGGUUUUUGGAAUAUUUGUUUGCAGAACGUGUGUUUGUUUAUAAGAUUAGUGGAGAUUAGGAUGUAUUUUCUAUGUUUUCAAAGUUCUAAAAUUGUAUUGUAGCCUAUCAUUGUAUGCCAAGCUAAUAUAGGCCUAGUUUAGCUGUGCAUAGCAUAAUGGAAGUUAACGUUUUUAAAAGGAUUGUACUUUUCAUUAACACCUACAAUGGAUUGUCAAGAGAUUGUUUAUUUGAAAUGAUUAAGAUCCACCCAAAUAUACCUCCUCACACGUUGGCAAGCAUACUAUGCACAAAGUAUCAGAAAAAGAUGAUGACCAACCAUGGUAGAGUGAAGCAGAACAAACAGGACGUAAUCAAAAGGUAUAGGGAAGGUAUAGAAGCUGGGGAGGAGCCCGGGUUGAUCAUCAGACUUGCCAGGUUCUACGAUGUCGCACCAGCUCUCAUAGCCAAAGUGGUGUUGGAGGAAACAUUUGAGAAGAGGAUUAGUAAAAAAGGCGAGAAAGAUAAUCUCAAUGCAACCUCAAAAAACAUGAUAAAAGACAUGUUCAAAGACACCACUCAGAUUCAGGAUCCUGACCUGGCGUAUGAAGUGUUUUUGAGCAUUGUGUUUGACAACAUGUACGGCCCGAUAUCAGAUGUCACCAAACACUGCCUUGGGUCGGAGUACGAGGCCAAGCUGGAGCGUGAGGUGGCUCGGCUGGGUCUCUCAUUCCGGACGGAGGAGCAACUUCGCGCACGCGGCUUUGACAAGACUCCCGACGUCAAGCUGGAAACACCUUGUGCUGUUGACGGCUUCAUCAUCAGCUGGGUGGAGAGUAAGGCUGUGUUUGGGGACAAGAUGACACACGACCAGUAUGCCAAAGAUCAGUACCUCAGCUACUGGAACAGGUUUGGCCCGGGUCUGGUGAUCUAUUGGUUUGGUUACUUGGAGACAGUCAUCGAUCCCAAGGAGAAGAGAUUCAUCGUCCGAGACAAAUUUCCAGAAAACCUAACUCUAAUGAAUCCCAGCCUGAUUCAGGUUCCCACGCUUAAAAUAAGUUAAUUAUGUAUUUAGUUAUCAGAGGCAAAUUUAUGAAGGUUUUUGGAAAAUUUAUAUUUUAUUAUACAGAAUAUUUAGAAGAAAAUAUCUAUGAUAUAGAUAGCAUUUAUUAUGUAAUAUAUUUAUUUAUAUAUUACUCAUAUAUUAUUUUGUAGGAUGUUUUAUCCUAUCAUUGUGUAUAUUUAUCAAAGUUUAACAAUUGUUCAUAUUUUACCAAAUAUUUUAAUUUAAGGUUUAUCUUCAUUUUUACUUUGCUCAGUAUGUUCUUCUUAACAGUGUUAUGAUAAUUGAUUGAAUGUUAUCAAUCUGUUUGUUUUAAUGUUAUGUACCCAUACAUACCUGAUUUAGAACAUUUUAAUACACCCCCUCUUCAAAAUGUAAACCUUUAUAGGCUAUUUGUCUUUCAUUGUUAUUUUAAAUUGUACAAAUAUUGUAUUUUCAACUAUAGAAGGUAGUAUAUUGGUAAUUUUGAAUUUUAAUAUUUUUAAUUAAAAUCUAUAUUUACUUUUAAA